AUGCCUCUGAGUCUGGACUGCAAGGCGUUCUUCGGCUACAGUGGGGAGAACAGGAGGCCCAUCAUCUACUGGACGAGAGGAGAGAAGUUUGUGGAGGAGCUGGCAGGUCACAUUAAAGAAAGUGAAGUCAGGCUGCUGAAGGAGUACCUGGGGGAGAAGGAGGUACAGCUGUCCCUGACCUUCGACGCGGUGGAGGAGGCGGACCUGGGGAACUACUCCUGCCACGUGGAGAACCACAUCGGCAAGCGCAGCGGCAGCGCCAUACUGCAGAAGAAAGACAUGUACCGCCUGGAGCUGGCCGGCGGUCUGGGGGUGAUCCUGCUGCUUCUGGGGGUGCUGACGGCCAUCUACAAGUGCUAUAACCUGGAGAUCCUGCUCUGCUACCGCCGACACUUUGGCAGCGACGAGACCGAAGACGAUAAUAAGGAGUAUGAUGCCUAUCUGACCUACACUAAAGUGAACAUGGACUCUAUGGGCAGAGCGAGCAGCGAUGAGGAGACCCUGGCUUCAGAGAUCCUUCCGGACGUCCUGGAGAAACACUACGGGUACAAGCUGUUCAUACCGGACCGGGACCUCAUCCCCAGCAGCAUCUACAUCGAGGACCUGGCCCGCAGCGUGGAGCAGAGCCGACGCCUCAUCGUCAUCCUGACCCCCGAGUUUGUCUCCAAGCGGGGCUGGAGCAUCUUCCAGAUCGAGCCGCGCCUGCACGCCAUGCUGGUCACCGGGGAGAUCAAGGUGAUCAUGAUAGAGUGUGCUGAUCUCAAGGGUGUAAUCAACUACCAAGAGGUUGAAGCACUUAAACACACCAUCAAGGUUCUGUCCAUCAUCAAGUGGCGAGGGCCUAAGAGCAACGAGCUCCACUCCAAGUUCUGGAAACAGGUGGUCUACGAGAUGCCUGCCAAGCGCAGGGAAACGCUGUCCAGACGGCAGGUGAUGGAUUCAGGUGAGCAAGGCCUGUUUGGGGACCUACAGACCAGUGUCUCCACCAUUGCCAUGACAACCACCUCAUCAUCUCUGGCACCACCUAACGACAGUCGCCAUGGACACCAUCAAGUUGCCCUGACGACGGAGAUCCCCGACUACAACCAGAUGACCCUGCCACUGGGCGGGGGGCACAGCGCCACGGCGGCCCAGAUGAGGCACUUCUGCCGCAGCUACGAGUUCCAGCUGCCC